AUGUCGGUAAUAAGCAUAUCUGCCCCGGUUAACAUCGAUUCGGACUCCGACAUGUCCGACGAUGACACCAGUAGAGCCAUAGUGACCCCAGGAGAGUUGGUCACCGACGACCCGUCGUGGAUGAAGGGCCAUGGAACCUACUUUUUGAACGAAAAAACCUACUCAUCUGUCGCUGGAAACGUCUCUAGAGUGAACAGACUCCUCAGUGUGAUCCCCUUGCGAGGAAAGUACCAGGCAGAGACCGGAGACCAUGUCGUAGGACGAAUUACAGAAGUGGGUAACAAGAGGUGGAAAGUCGAUAUAGGGUGUCGUCAGGAUGCCGUGUUGAUGUUGGGAUCCAUUAAUCUUCCCGGAGGAGUAUUGAGACGGAAAUCUGAAAGCGAUGAGCUCCAGAUGAGAAACUUUCUUAAGGAAGGAGAUCUUCUAAAUGCUGAAGUUCAAAGCACCUAUGCCAGUGGAAUGGUAGCACUCCAUACCCGGUCACUCAAAUACGGGAAACUUCGCAAUGGAAUUCUUCUUCAGGUACCCUCGAGUCUUGUCGUCAAAUCCAAGAACCACUCGUACGACAUGCCUGGAAAUGUGAGUGUAAUUCUCGGUGUCAAUGGCUACAUUUGGAUAAGUAAAACCACCUCAUACCAGCUGUCCGCAACGAAUGCUGCUACAAACAGGGCCCAGGCCUCCAUAGAGUCACAAGCAGGCUAUAAUCCGGGCCAGGCAUCCGUGGCUAUCACCAGACUCGAAGAAGAGAGCUCGUGGGAAAUCUACUCCGACAAAAACGACCCCAUAUCCGAUACUAUUCGAAACAAUAUCACCCGCUACUAUAAUGUGAUUCGAGCACUCAGCUACGGCGAGUUGGGCAUAACCGAACAACGGAUUAUCAUGGGCUACGAAGCUAGCUUGGCGUAUACCGACGACGUUUCGUUGAUUGAUAAGGAACAGAUGGAAACGCUUUGCCUGGACGUCAUCAAUAACGAACUAAUGAGAGGAAACUGA